GCUUGGGCAUAACUCUGGAGAAUCGGUGAAAUAACCUAAAACAAAACUGCAAUUAAGAUGAGUUAGAAAGCUAUAGAAAAAAAAAGAAAAGGGAAAGAUGGUUAGGUUUUAAUUUCAGUUAUUUUUACUAGAGCCAAAUUUUCUGCAAGAAUUUGAGAAUGGACUCGUCUGAGAAAAGUUCAGCUCAGAGGAUCGUGAUUCCGAACAGACACAAGGAGAAGCUCGUGGGUCUGCUUCACGAAACUGGGUCAAGAGAAGUUGUGAUCUUGUGCCAUGGGUUUCAAUCAAACAAGGAUAACCAAACUAUGAACAAUGUGGCUGCUACUUUAGAGAAAGAAGGCAUCACUGCUUUCCGUUUUGAUUUCUCUGGGAAUGGAGAGAGUGAAGGCAGUUUCUAUUAUGGUAACUAUAACCAUGAAGCUGAUGAUCUACGUUCUGUUGUCCAACACUUCUCUAACAUGGACCGUGUGGUUCAUGUUGUUCUCGGCCACAGUAAAGGAGGUGAUGUGGUGCUCCUUUAUGCCUCCAAGUAUCACGAUAUCCGCAAUGUAAUCAAUCUCUCUGGACGUUAUGAUCUGAAGAAAGGCAUUACAGAGCGUCUUGGGGAAGAUUUUUUGGAAACAAUUAAGCAACAAGGGUUCAUCGAUGUUAAAGAUGGAAAAUCAGGGUACCGUGUUACUGAGGAGAGCUUAAUGGAGAGGUUGAGCACUGAUAUGCAUGAAGCUUGCCUCAAGAUUGACAAAGAAUGCAGGGUUUUGACGGUUCAUGGGUCGGAUGAUGAGGUAAUACCCGUGGAAGAUGCCAAGGAGUUUGCCAAGAUCAUACCGAACCACAAGCUGACAAUUGUGGAGGGAGCUGAUCAUUGUUAUACCAAACAUCAAACCCAGUUGGUUGCAACAAUUACUGAGUUCAUUAAGACAGUCAUUCUGAAGAACAACUAGUCCUUUUUUUUUGUUUCUUUGAGAAAAUGUUCAGGUUACAUACUCCAUUUUCUACACUUGGUCGGCUGUUUGGUUUGGGUUUAAGAAAUAAUAGUAAUCAAAAUACAUUUCUUCACUGA